CGAUAAUUUUGGUUGCCGGAAUCAGCAGAUCACCGUCGCGAUCAGGCAUGGUGGUUUCCGGCGGGUUGGAGCAAAAUCCGGUCACCACCGAUCAAAUUGAUGUCGAAGAGCACCACCAAAUCCUUUCUGGCAUCUCAGCGCACCUUAAGGAGUCCUCAAUUGCAGCUUUUGAUGGCAAUUUGAAGAAACCCCCAAAUUUGGAUUCUAAGGUUUUUCCGAGCCUAAAAUCUUCAAUUCGUGCUGUUCAAGGCAAAAUUGUGAAAAAAGAACUGGAUAUUCGUGAUCCUCAUGCAAAACUGGUUCGUUUGGCGUUGGUCCCGCACGAUUUUGCUCUGGUCAAUUUUCCGGCGACGGUCACCGGAGCUCCGGCGGCGGCGGCCACCGGCCAAUUUCCAGAAACUCCAGCUCCUCCUCCUGAGUCCAAAAAACAUACUCCCAGCUUCUUUUACGGAGCCUUUUCCCGAUCGUGAGGUCACCGUCUAUCGGGGCAUGCCCGCUUUCCGUUUUAUGCAAUCUGAGGUCAGCCAAUUAGCUCUCAUUGACAAAUAUAUUUUGGUUGGCAAAUUCUCUCAUGGGCAACCAAAAGUGGAGGUAAAAAUAUUGUGCUUAAGGAACCAAGUGAACUAAAACUGAUGACGAUGAUGUGAUUACCAUGCAUGCUGUACAGCUAGCUCAAAUUAAAGCAAAGUCAGGCCCAAUUCUUCUAACUGCGCGAGGAGGCUAGACAGA